GCUUCCUCGUUUUACAGUUAUAACAGCUACAGUAUCGCCUUACUUUAAGUCUUAUUCGCUUCCGAAAUUCGAACAAUUUCCUCGUACUUACGCUACAGGCUCUUCAGGACAAUUUAAAACCUAUAAACCACGAACUCCUGGUCUUAGAUGGCUUAAAAGGCCGAUAAACGAUCACUUAUGGAAGGGCAAACCUGUGCGAAAACUUACUAUUGCCAAACGUGCAACUGGUGGUCGUAAUCACCAUGGUCAUAUCACAGUACGUCAUCGUGGUGGUGGACAUAAACGUCGUAUCCGUAUUGUUGACUUCCAUCGAUGGGAUACUGGUCCACAUGAAGUUAUCCGUAUAGAAUAUGAUCCAAAUCGGUCCGCACAUCUUGCCUUACUCCAAAAUCAAGAGACUGGAAAAUUAUCAUAUAUAAUUGCUCCACAUGAAUUAUCUCCAGGAACAAUUGUUCAAUCAUUUCGUAAACAGGAUCAAAUUAAAACCAAUGAAGAUCCUUCUAUUACCCGUGUUGUAGCCAUAGAAAAGGGUAAUUGUUUGCCAUUAAAGAUGAUUCCAGUAGGUACAUUAGUUCAUUGUGUUGGAUUGAAGCCUAACGGGCCUGGAAUUCUCUGUCGUGCUGCUGGAGGUUCCGUUCAGGUAGUACGAACUGGAGAAAAAGGAUAUGCGCAGGUGCGUCUUUCGUCCGGAGAAGUUCGAUUGAUACACGUAGAUUGUUGUGCAACAAUCGGUACACUAUCAAAUCCAGAUCAUCAGCAUAGAACGUUGGGGAAAGCUGGUAGAUCAAGGUGGUUGGGAAUCAGGCCAACUGUUAGAGGUGUUGCAAUGAACGCAUGUGAUCAUCCUCAUGGUG